AAAUCAAUAAAUAGAGCUAGAUGCCACACAAUCCCGGCAUUUCCUUUCAACCGCAGACAAGCAAUUAUCGAUACGUCUUGUCUUCACUCUGUUUCUCAUUUUGUACUUUUUUUGAUUGCGUACAGAGCUAUGGCUGAGUUCAAAGUCAUUACGACCAGUAGCGAUGUUCCUGUGGGGUGGCGAUUGGCGACGCAUGAGGAAGUAGAAGGUUAUGAGGAAAAGGUUGUGGGCUUACUUGGCGACAUAGAUGUAUGGGCCAUCGCUAAGCUUGCAGACGGAUGGAAAAUUUCCGGUUCGGGGUAUAAUAACCAAAUUCAGAAAUGUGCAGAUCCUUCCGAAGAGAUGGGCCAUCGAGUGAUCAUCAAUAUGAACAAAUCUUUCAAAAUCACUAGAGUCCAAGAUGAGAUUCCUGGUGGGUGGAGGUUGGCGACUUACAUGGAGGUGAAGGAUAAUAUGAGAAGUGUUAUAGAUUUACUUGACGAAUGGACCAUCGCCAAGCUUCAAGAUGGGUGGCAAGUUGCCGGUGGAGGAUAUGGCAACAAAGUUGAGAAAUAUGAUGAUCCCAACAAAAAUUUCGGGGACCAGUUGCUUACCAACGUGAUGAAGAAAGAAUUUAAAGUCACUAAAGUCGAAUAUGGGAUGCCUGGUGGCAUGAGGUUGGCGACUUACUGGGAAGUAAAGGAUUCUAUGAAAGAUGUUACUGAUUUGCUUGAUGAAUGGACCAUCGCCAAACUUCAAGAUGGGUGGCAAGUUGUCGGUGGAGGAUAUGGCAACAAACUUGAGAAAAAUGAUGAUCCCAACAGAAAGUUUGGAGACCAGGUGAUCACCUUAAUCAGGCCAGUGAAGGAUGUUCGUGUUGUUGGAAUCGCAGAGGGCAUCACACGGGAUUGGAGUUGGGCGACGAAAUCACAGGUCGAAAGCGUAAAGGGAGAUGUAGAAAAAUUACUCGGAGAAUGGUCUAUUGCAAAGCUCCUAGAUGGAUGGAAAAUUGAUGGUAAAGGAUACGACUAUAAGAUCACCAAGUGUGAUUCUGAUGAGGGUAUUACGGAAAUGGUUAUUGUACAAGAAUCCUUCUAGAAAAUAACGAUAUUAGCAAUUCUGGAUUAGGGGUGGAGGCAAACUUUCCAGCCAGACGUUCACCUUGAUUCGGGGGGGGGGGGGCUCAUAUUAGAUUAGGCAAUUCGGGCCAUGCGAAGAACUUUUCCAAUGGGAAAUGGGUAAGAGGGUUAAUGUGGCUAUUUUAGAGACAUUUGAAAGCGAGGGAUUGAAGAAACCUAGUGGGUUAUAGAAGCAAUAAGUUGCAUUUGCACUUUCAUAUUAAACAAGGGAACAUGAACGAUUUGUUACGAAAUUGUGCUGAUUGUUUCAUGAAGGAUAGCAAAGUUUUCCAUUCGGCGGUUUAAGGGGGUUUGAUUCAGCACCCCCCCCCCCUCAUUCUUGAAUUUCAUUAUUUCUGGAUUUUCAAGAAGUUUUGUCUUAUCAAGUAUAGGAAUGAAGAAAAAAAAGGAUGUUUAAGGAGGAUUAGGGACUCCAUAAAGAGGCUGAUCAAAUAAUCGGGAUACAUCUAACAUUUACAUGUUAGAAAAAUAUUAAUGUAUUUUUUUGAUAAAAUAUGUAUAUUUUGUUCACUUGGCUCAUACUCAAGAAAAUUAAGUAUCAAAAUAGGUAAACGCAGAAUUUCUUCCCUUUCAACUAACAAUGAAAACAAAGGGCUGUUUUGAUAACUUUAGCAUGUUUAGGACUGUAAUAUAGGAGUUGCUAGUGUUUAUUUAUGAUCGGUGUUGACAAUUUCAGGCCUAUUUCAAUACUGCCUUCUGUGUUAAAAAAAAGUCCUUCAGAAAGCAGUACACGAUUGCAUUCGUAUUUUUAAGGGAUCGUCCAGGCUGGAAAUAUUUGUAUUUCGAUAAAUACAGUAAAAUUCACAAAGCAAAAUGCUGAAAAUUUGAUCAAAAUCGAAUAACAAAGUUAUUGAAUUUUAAAGAUUUGCAUUAUUUCAGUGAAACAGUUUUAGGCAUGUCUUUAUGAAUAUUCAUUAGGUGGGCUGAUGAUGUCAUAUCACCACUUGUUCUUUUGUAUUUUAUUAUGUGAAAUUAGGUUUAAUCAACAAUUUUCUAUUAAGAACUAAUUGGAUUGACAACUAAUUAAAUGCAUUAGUCAUUGAUUGCCGCAACUUAUUUCAUCAUAAUGGAGACACAUCAUUUACACAAUGUAUGAAAAAAUGAAACAUUUAUGAUUUCAUGUAAUGACAUAAGAAAAAGGAAAGUGGGGAUGUGAUAUCAUCAGCCAACCUAAUUAAUAUUCAUGACGAUAUGCAUAUAACUGUUUUCACAAAAUAUUGAUAAACUUUAAAAUUCAAUAAUUUCGCUAUUUGUUAUCAGAUUUUGAUGAAAUUUUCAGCAUUUUGCUUUGUGAUUUUUUUAUAUUUAUUUAGAUGUAAAUAUGUUCAGUGAUAUAAACAAGAUAGUAUAUUCAUCCACAAAAAAGCUUGGUCAUUUCUUUCGGCACAAAAGGAAAGUUGGAGAAUAACCAAUUCACGAUCAAAAUGAUAUAGUAACAACCUACCGUGUACUGAUGAAAUAAUAUAUCUAUAAGUGUUAUACUUGACUCACAACUGACGUGGUCUUAACAUAUCAAGUAUUAUUUCACGUACAAUGGGAUGUAUUCACCGCAUAAAGCAAUGCCUGAUAAAACUCUUGUAAAUUUAUAUUUUUGCCUUAAUUUUACCACAAAAUGAUUAUUGUUGCACUGCAUUGGGAAACUAAUCAAAAUAAUAAAUAUAAAGGUUACACUUCGUAAUUCCGAAGGUUCGUAAUUCCGAAGGUUCUUUAUUCCGAAGGUUCGUAAUUCUGAAACACGUAAAUUGCCUAUACCUCGAUGUUCGUUAAUCCGAAAACGAAAUAAGGUUCGUUGUUCCGAAGGUUCUUUAGUCCGAAAACGAAAUAAGGCUCGUUAAUAAUUUCGUUUUCGGACUAACGAACCUUCGGAAAUCCAAGCCUUCGGAAUAACGAAGCUUCGGAAUUACGAAUGUAUGCGAAUAUAAAAGCCCUAAUUUAUUUCAAAUCGCUGAUUACUCGUCGCACAUUUUUAAAGCAUAGUGGGGACCGGUAUUGGGGACAAUAUUAAAGUAUAUAUAUAUAUAUAUUGCACCUGCAAUGCACUAAAUUUUAUCCUCGGCAUUUUAUUCCCAGAAAUUGAGUUCAAAAGGAGGUCAUUCUCUUAUAAAGCAAGCUCCCUAUUAAAUUAACCCCCCUUUUUCCUUUUCAAUCCAUCAAUGUUAUCAAUUCUUUCAACGAGAAUACCAAUUGUCCAAACAUUUAUUUUGACAUAAACUCUGGUAUUGCUUCCUCCAAUGUUUUGGUUUGUUUGUUUUAUGUUUAUUUUAUACAUUAUAACUUUUGUUUUACUUUAUGUUAAUUAUCAUUUGUAUUUAUGUAUAUAAUAUCAUGUUUAUGUUCUAAUAUAUUCUGUUUGUAAAAGCGGAGGGUUCCGUUGUAAAGCCGUUUUUGUAUUAACUAAACAGGAAUACCAGGCACCUUAGUAUAUCAUAUAUAAUAAAGAAAACAUGAAUAAAUGAAUAAUAAAUAAUAACAAGAUUUUAGAAAACAGUUUUGCGCAUGAGUACAAGUGGGCCUGUAUAACAUGUAUAAUAUAUUGUCUUGGAAAUGCGUUUAUCCUUAAUUGUGAACAAAAGAUAGAAAUGUACUUUUAUUUAGAAUGGUUAUACGUUAAGUAAUUAUAGUAGAUUAAAUGAAAUAUAUUUAAAA